UGUAUUGCCACAUGGAAUGCCAUGGAUGGUCAGUCACUCACUAGUGCGAGAAGGGGUAGAGGAUUGCGUGUACUGCUAAACCCUACUCAAAGCCCUAAUUCGAGGAUUGCAAUCUUCUCGUAGCCAGCCAUUGCUGCUACAUCGAGCUCAAAACAUCUACUUGAUAUGGCCUUCGGAGUUUUCAGUCCCUCCCUCUUCAAGCCAUUUCUUCCUCCUCCAACCCCACCCCACAAAUGGAAUAUACAGGCCCUGUUUCUUCCAUCUGGUAGAGAUAUCAGUCAAGCAAACUCCAUUACAGCAACAAAAGCAGGUGAUUAUUUGAAAUUUCUCUGCCCACUUAGCGCACUGCUGCACCAUGAAGCUAACUGUAUUAUGGAGGCACCAAUUCAUAUUUUCUGGCAGAAUCUUUUCUCUGGAAAGAAUUUUAGAGUAAUAUAUGGUUAUUGGAUGAGCCCUGAUUUAGAAGAUGGCUGGGGGUUUGUUGAGGCUUUUGUUGAUCAAAUUUUAAGUGUAUGAGAAUUAUUUUAUGCUGUUAUUAUAAGUUUAUAACAUUGUUUUUUGAUUUGAAAAAAGAAAAAAAUGAUUUUAUCUUCAUGUUCUUAGGCUUCGUCUUCUGUUGAAGUUACAGAAUCUUAGUAGAUAAAGAUUGGGAGUUUCUUGUUUGGAA